UUUUUUUCUUCUUAUUAACUGAAACAACUAGUGACAUUCGAUAUUAUCCCAACAGGUUCUCCAUUCAUCCCGACCUCUUUUCCGUUCUCUUCAAAACAAAAAUGGCGUGGUUUCAAAUUGUAUCAGUUCUAUUCAUCUUUAUUACAACUACAAGUGGUCAAUGUCAGUAUGACACAGCUUCGGCCGUUUGCUUCUGCAACAAGGAAGUUUAUGUCAGGGAAGUGAUGAUUGUAGAAGUGAUGUCAGAAAAUUGUGAUUGUAUUAUCCAUCUGGUAGACUUCAAUGAGCCCCCUACUGUAGCAAACAUGUUUAACAGAGAGUGUAGCUGGACAUGCACAAAUGAGACAUGUGUACCUGACAACAUAUUAGAAGUGUUUGUGACAAGGAAGGAAAAAAACCCCACCAAACCUACAAGUGAAACAACAACAGACCACACAGAAGCAUGGCCCACCACUAGGGAUUCAAUGACCACAGAUCACAAAGAAGCAUGGCCUACCACAACAGUCAGGGUGACCACAAACAGUAAAGAACCACAUUCAGAACAGAAGAAAGACCUGGGAAAUUACUUAGAGAAAAUGGAUGUAUUCAUGACAGUAUUCUGGACAGUGUCGGGACUAUUUGUUGCCUACAUUUCACUGGUUGUAGGCAAGAUGAUAUACCAAAGUAGACAACAGAAACAGCCGUAUCUUCCCAUAACAAGAUCUCAACAGGAUUCGACAGUGACAACGCAAAUACCAACACUAGAUAUUACUCCAUCAUUUGAAAUACCCACCAUCAUUCCCAUUCCAGAAAUAUCCCCCCCCAAAGACCAACAGUACCUAGAAUUAGUUCAUUAAGAUCAAUUGAAGACAUCCCACCUAUUUUUACCCUACGUACAUACUCCUCCUCAUCAGACACUGAAAGCUUCAAUAGGGAAUCAUCUCCAGAACCAUCUGCACCUCUAAUGGAAGAUCCAACACCCCCCAUAGCAAGACGAACCAGAAGUCAUCGAAUAAAGACCCCCUUAACAGAAGAGACUUAUAUGUGAAAGAAAUUGUGCUGAAAUUAGUUUUAUUUUUUGAUAAUAUUUGGAUUAUUUUUUUAGAUUAAAUUUUUAUUCAAAAAUACUAAAUGCAAGAUUUAAAUUAAAACAAAAUUAAAUAGCUUUUGACCAUAGUUUAGUGAAAAGCAUUACGUUUUGGGGAAAACAAAUUUUAGAUUUCAUUCAUCUUUAACUUUUUCAAACCAGUGUGAAAAUAUUAGACUAUAAAUUUGUGAUAUGACAGGUGGAUAAAUAAAUAAUACAAACAAUGGUUUAAAGUAUUUGGUGACUUCAAAACAAUGUAAAUAGAUUUUCAAUUUUUAUAUGCAUGCACAGUAUUAGUGAAAUACUCAGGAUUGUUUUUAAGUUUUGUUGUUAAUUAUACAAUGCCAAGUCCCAUAUUUUAAGUGUCUCAUCAAUCAAUAUAGUCUUUGUAUAAAUUAUCUUUUGUAUAUUGAUAACUAAACUAUAUUUAAAAAAUUUCUGAGAUAACACAAAGAGAAAUUUAAAAGAUGUUUUUACCUCUUUUGUAUUAAGAAAAAUAAAAAAAGAUAUGUUGUACUCUUUUUUUUUUGUUACUGUUUGCAGUUAAAAUUGGUGCUAAGUAUGUUUCUAAAUUGUUUUUUUUUUAAAAUAGUGCUACAAAAGAAAGUGUUCUGUUUGAAAUAUCUGUUUGGUGAUUACACCAGUAUUUGGUCAAAUUAAAUUAAAACAUACUGGGUCAAACUAAAUUAAAACAAAGUAGUUUCUUUUUUUUUUUACAAGUGUGUAAAAAGUGUAAAUAGAUAUAUUAUGAUAUUUUUUUUUUGCUCAAAUACUCAGGAAUGUUGUGGUGUUCCAUUUUUAAAAUCUAACAGUUGGUAUGGUUUUGUUUUCAGAUACAUAAUGUCCCAAUGUUAUGAUUGUUGUUAUAUAUCAUGUGAUAUUGCUCAAAUUUUCUGAAAGCUGUUAAGUUUCUCAUUAAUAUACAUUGUUUUAUAUUGUUUGAGUUUUGUCUUGAAGAAUUUUAUUUUUGUUAAAGUAAGAUGCUUGAAGUAAUUUUGUCUUCCUUGUGUACACAUCAUUUAGUGAAACAGUGUUCAUAAGUUUAUAACUAUAUCAUUCCACUAUGUAUAUAAAAGGUUUUGAGCUGAUAUAUAUUUCUGUUUUCUUUGUUUUGUUUUUAUAUUAGUUUUUUAUUCUUACUGUUGAUAUGUAAUAUGAAGUGUUCACUAAACUGUCUCAUAUCUUUCUUUUUGUAAAAGAUUUUCCUUUUUGAUACUUUAUGUAACUUUUGAUGCUUUUAUGGCUUGUCUUAUUUAGAAGACUAUUGUUUUAUGGACCAAAGACAUUUUUCUAGUCCCAAGUUUUUAUUUUGAAAAUGGUGCUAAAAUAGUGUUCAAUUAAUGUUGUUCACUGUAUGAGAAGAAAAAAAAAGGUUGUUACUUAUAGGGUUUUUGUUACUUGGAAUGUUUUAUAUGAUGAAUGUAUAUUUUAUGAUUACUUUUUAUUAAAUAUGUUGUUUUUAA